GGAGCUUGAAGUUUCUUUUGUGCAGGGGGAAAACUGAGAGGACUCUAGACAGAGGUUUUUAAUCUGGCAGUCCUUGUUGCCUCGUUCAUAUCCCAGCAAAAUGGGGUGGUGUCCUGCAGUGAGGCUGUUUCUUGUUGGCCUUUUGGCUCCUGGAGUGUGGCCUCAGUUUGUUCCUGCAACAGAGCAAGUUAAUGUGCAAUGUCUGGGUAGCCUUGCCCGACUCAGAUUGAGUUCAGCCAAUUUCCAAAACAAGUACAUUGGUUUUGCUGCUAUUGAUAAGUUUGGCAGGUCUUGGCCAAUAGAUGCAGUCCAGGCUACAAAAUGUGGAUACACCAUUUUCCAAGACAUUUGGGGAAAUAUAGAGUUCCGUGCCUCUUUGAUUGGCUGUUAUACUGAAAUGGUGGAUGAUCGCCACUAUACUCUGAACAUACAAAUCAAGGCAGCAACCAACCCAGAGAUGCUUGAUGCUGUUGUGCUUAAUAUCCCAGUGAGAUGUUCAUAUGGCCCAUGGCAGCCUCGAGAAAUAGUCUGUGAGACAAAUUAUAUGGAGGUCUCUGUGAGAAGGAAUGUGCCACCAAUCCCGGAUGGCUUUCUUCAAGAUCAGCCUGAAGACUGGGUAGCUGCCUUCCCAGAGGCCAAAGCAGGCGCACCCUCCAUCUGGCAAAUAGUCUUUCACAUGGGCACCAGGAAGAAGGCCAUGCUUGUUGAAGAAGCUCAUGCUGUUGGUUAUGGAGUCAAUACUACAGACACAAGGAUCGUGUUGAGGGCUUCCUACAAUGCAACUGAGGCUCAGAAGAUGGAGGUCAAUGGGGUUCCCUUCUCCUCUGUGAGGUCCAGUACCUACUACAAGCAGCGCUGGAUGCUCCUGAUGGUGGACACAGCUGUGGCCUGUCCUAUAGAUGGUGUGACCUACACAAAUGAAACAAUCACCUGGACUAUCCCAAAAGGCAUCCCUCCCCUCCUGGUUGGCGUUGGUACCAUCAAAGAGCUGCAAGUGGAGAUGGGUGUCAGCCUGGACAAAUUGUCUGCACAGGAUAUAGCCAGUCGGAGGUACUCAGUGGCUAGUGACAAGGAUGCUAUUGUAGUAAAGAUCCCCAUUGGUGCACCAGGUGGUAACUAUAAGAGCUACGUUGUUGCGGGAAAACCAAUGAUUUCCUACAAAAUCAAUCCCUUUGUAGAGCAUCUGUGGGAAGAUGACAAGAGGGGUAUUACAAAACAUACCAUCCUGGUGGAGAUCAACACCCCUUUGCAGCUUGUGCCAGUCAUAGUUACAGACUAUACUGACAUCAGUCUCCAGCUCUUCAAUGCAACAGUCAGCCCCUUCUUCCCAGAUGUAGAGCUGGUCAGUGUGAAGGUAGAUGAUUCAGGGCCUUUGUCGCUGCCUGAGGCGGAGAAGAAGGGCUGCAAGAUCCAUGAAACAAAGUAUCCCAAUGGCAGCAGAGGCUAUGUGGUGCAAGUUCCUUUUGAUGCACCUGGAGUUAGGAAGGAGUAUGUGCCAGAUAACAUCAGAAACUACACCACAAAUCCCAUAUUGGGAUUCAGUGUGAUUCCACAGGGAGACACCUUUGAUGUCCCAGUCUUUCUGACAAUCCUGAUCAAGGAUGCAGUGCUGCCGCAGGCUGAGGCAUUCUGUGAUGACCAAGCCCUCUACUUGGUGGUGAAACGUGGCAACGUGGACCAGGACUGGCUGCCCUUUGUAGGGGACAGUUUCUUGACCCAAGAGAUGAUACAGGGACUUGGCUAUACGUUGCAGGACAAUGGAACCCACUUGGCCUUGAGGGUGCCCAGGCAUGCUGCCCAUGUGCUGUAUGAGGAAAUAGAUUCUUUUGGGAUUGUGGCCACCUUCCGGUUGCAACUGAAGGACCGUCUUGCUCAAGCUGAAAUGAUAGACUUUGCCGUUUCCUGCAGCUUUUCUCCAAAAGACCUCAUUGACUGCUUGCCUAAUGGCACAAUGAUGAUCUCUGCCAUGAAGCUGGUUGGCAUCCCAGCCAUGGUGCCCUCUGGACUAGUGCUGAGAGACAGACACUGCAGGCCAGCUUUGGUGACAGAGGAAGCAGCAACUUUCAUCUUCAAUGUGUCCUCUUGUGGGACAACCCGCAAGUUUGAAUAUGCCACCAUGACCUAUGAAAAUGAAGUCCUGUAUUUCCUCACAGGCCAAGCAUCACCUAUUUAUCAGUUGAAAUGUGCUUGCCAGUACUUCAUCGGUGAUACCCUGUUGCUACAGUACAGCCCAGUGGAAGCUCCAUCUCCAAGCAUCCUUCCUGGGGUUGGGUUGCUUGCACUUUCCCUUAAGCUAGCCAGAGAUAAGUCUUACAGGGACUUCUACCAGGACAUGGAGUACCCGGUAACUCGCUACCUUAGAGACCCUCUCCACUUCCAGGUUGAGCUUCUUCACAGUCAGGAUCCGCAGCUGGAACUUUUCCUGGAGGCCUGCUGGGCCACAUCAUCUUCUGACAGGACCAGUUUUCCACAGUGGAAUAUAGUGAUUGACAGCUGUGAAAACACAGAGGACUCUCAUCAAACGACAUUCCACAGCGUUUCCACUGGCUCUGUCCCAUUCCCUACACAUCUGAAGCGCUUUGAAGUGAAAAUGUUUACAUUCAUGGUAGACAGCCAAGCUCUUCAGGGGCAGAUCUACUUCCACUGCAGUGCAGUAAUCUGUGAUUCCAGCUGGCCAUCCUCUGAUGCCCUCUGUGCCAGGCACUGCAUUCCUAGAAGGCAGAGAAUAGGCCGUAGCAUUGAUUCCACCAAUGAUCUGCAGGGGUAUGUCUCAUCUGGAGCAGUUGUGGUAAGGAGACACCAUACAUGAGCAUCCUAUAAACAGACUGGACUAGUGGCAGCAUUUAGUUACUGAAACAGCAAAUGCUCUUUGUUGCUGGCUAUUUCAGAUGUGUGUAUCUUGUGCAAUAAAGGCAUACAACAGACAUAUUCAGA